AUGACACCAGAUAUCCUUCAGAUUGAUGAACAAUGUGAGCUGAAAGCCAUUGACAAAGAGAAGUCGGUGGUAGCUCUGCCACCCAGGGAAGCCUGCAAAUGCCACAAAGAGGAUUUGGCCAAAGCAUUUUGUGUGGACUUACAGAACGGGCUGUCGGAGCUCUCAGUGGCACAGCGCAGGCUGGUCCACGGCUGGAAUGAGCUUGUGGCUGAUAACACAGAACCGGUGUGGAAGAAAUACCUGGAUCAGUUUAAGAACCCCCUGAUCCUGCUGUUGCUGGGCUCUGCCUUGGUGAGCGUCAUCACCAAGGAGUACGAGGAUGCUGUCAGCAUCGCCAUGGCUGUGCUCAUUGUGGUCACCGUCGCCUUCAUCCAGGAGUACAGGUCGGAAAAGUCUCUGGAAGAGCUUACCAAGCUGGUUCCUCCAGAAUGUAACUGCAUAAGAGAAGGAAAACUCCAGCACCUGCUCGCACGAGAACUGGUUCCUGGAGACAUCGUGUCUCUCUCCAUCGGAGACCGGAUCCCUGCGGACAUCCGACUUACAGAGGUCACAGACCUCCUGGUAGAUGAAUCCAGUUUCACCGGAGAAGCUGAGCCGUGCAGUAAGACGGACAGCCCCUUGAGUGGCGGAGGGGACCUCACCACCCUGAGCAAUAUCGUCUUCAUGGGGACCCUGGUGCAGUACGGGAAGGGGCAGGGAGUCGUGAUUGGAACAGGGGAAAGGUCUCAGUUUGGAGAAGUGUUUAAGAUGAUGCAGGCUGAGGAGACGCCUAAAACUCCUCUACAGAAAAGCAUGGACAGUCUGGGGAAGCAGCUGACACUGUUCUCAUUUGGCAUCAUCGGUCUAAUCAUGUUGGUUGGCUGGUUGCAAGGAAAGCAGCUCCUCAGUAUGUUCACGAUUGGGGUCAGCCUGGCUGUGGCAGCCAUUCCAGAGGGUCUGCCCAUCGUUGUCACAGUUACGCUGGUCCUGGGGGUGCUGCGGAUGUCCAAGAAGCGGGUCAUUGUGAAGAAGUUACCGAUCGUGGAGACUUUAGGUUGCUGCAAUGUCAUCUGUUCUGAUAAGACAGGGACUCUAACUGCCAACGAAAUGACAGUGACCCAGCUUGUAACGUCUGAUGGGCUCCAUGCCAAGGUCAGUGGAGUUGGGUAUAACGGCAAUGGAACUGUGUGUCUCUUACCAUCAAAGGAAGUAAUUAAGGGAUUUUCCAACAUCUCAGUGGGGAAAUUAGUGGAGGCGGGCUGUGUCGCCAACAACGCGAUCAUCAGAAACAACGCUGUGUCGGGACAGCCCACGGAGGGUGCCUUGAUCGCCCUGGCAAUGAAGAUGGACUUAAGUGAUAUUAAAGAUUCAUACGUGAGGACAAAAGAGAUUCCAUUCAGCUCAGAGCAGAAGUGGAUGGCAGUAAAAUGCAGCCCGAAGAAUGAGGAUCAGGAAGAUGUUUACUUCAUGAAGGGGGCCUUUGAACAGGUGAUUUGUUACUGCACCAUGUACAAUAACGGGGGCAUCACCCUGCCGCUGACACCCCAACAGAAGGCCUUCUGGCUGCAGGAGGAGAAGAGGAUGGGGUCUCUUGGUCUGCGGGUGCUGGCCCUGGCGUCCGGGCCCGAGCUGGGGCGGCUGACAUUUCUGGGUCUCGUGGGCAUCAUCGACCCACCGAGGGCUGGCGUGAAGGAAGCGAUACCGGUUCUCUCUGAGUCAGGCGUGUCCGUGAAGAUGAUAACAGGAGAUGCCCUGGAGACAGCCUUGGCGAUAGGUAAGCGGGCAAAGGGUAGAGGUGAGGAAGAAAGGAUCUGCCUAGCUCCGCGUGCUUAGAAAAGACUGAGAUUUGCAGACCAGCGUUCUGGCUUCCAUGGCCUCAAAAUCAUAAAGGCUUUACAGGAGUCAGGGGCGAUCGUGGCCAUGACAGGGGACGGGGUGAAUGACGCAGUUGCCCUGAAGUCUGCGGACAUAGGGAUUGCCAUGGGACAGAUGGGGACAGAUGUCAGUAAAGAGGCCGCCAACAUGAUCCUGGUGGAUGAUGACUUCUCAGCCAUCAUGAAUGCAGUGGAGGAAGGCAAGGGGAUUUUUUAUAACAUCAAAAACUUUGUCCGCUUUCAGCUGAGCACGAGCAUCUCAGCCUUGAGCCUCAUCACUCUGUCCACCAUGCUCAACCUGCCCAGCCCCCUCAAUGCCAUGCAGAUCCUGUGGAUCAACAUCAUCAUGGACGGGCCACCAGCACAGAGCUUGGGGGUAGAGCCAGUUGACAAAGACGUCCUCAGGCAGCCACCACGGAGCAUCAAGGACACGAUCCUCAGCAGAACCCUCAUCCUGAAAGUCCUCAUGUCCGCGGCCAUCAUCAUCAGUGGGACCCUGUUCAUCUUCUGGAAGGAGAUGCCUGAAGACAAGGCGAGCAGUCCACGCAGCACCACGAUGACCUUUACAUGCUUUGUACUCUUUGAUCUCUUCAAUGCUUUGACCUGCCGCUCUCAGACCAAGUUGAUAUUUGAGAUCGGCUUUCUCAGUAACCGCAUGUUCCUUUAUUCGAUCCUUGGGUCGAUUCUGGGGCAGCUGGCCGUCAUUUACAUCCCGCCCCUGCAGAAGGUCUUCAUGACGGAGAACCUGGGCGCACUUGAUUUGCUGUUUUUAACUGGAUUGGCCUCAUCCGUGUUCAUUUUGUCAGAGUUCCUCAAACUAUGUGAAAAAUACUGCUCCAGAGCCAAGGAGGUCCAGACGCACCACGAUGAUGUAUAGUGGACCCAGCCGUGUCCAUUCCCUAAGAAAUCUAUAUUCUUAUGUGACUGUGGCCUUCCCCUUGCUGUGGGGUACACUCUUCAGAGGGAGAUUUUUAGAACACUGUGGCAUGAGGUCACCCACGUGAUGCUUCCUCUUGGGAAGCCUGCAGAAACCUCGUGGCUGCGCUCUGGAGGCCCAGCCCAGGUCCAUUCGCCCCUCUCCCGCGCUGGGCUCCGGGACAUGCAGGGAGGAGCCGGUACAGAAACGUCACGCUAUUUAUUAAAUCACAAUGAUUUUUAUUAA